GCAUGUGACGGUCAGCUGACUCCAACCGGAAGCUUUGAGGAAGCGGACAACCAUAACAACAAAUCUUCAAAAUCAAAACCCGAAUUUCUCAAGUUAUUUAUUUCUCUUAGUCAUGGAGUCGACCCUCGAGCAGCAUCUGGAUGAUACCAUGAAGAACCCAGCAGUUGUCGGUGUGCUCUGCAUGGACCAACAAGGACACAACCUGGGCUGCCGUGGCUCCCUGUCUGAUGAACAUGGUGGUGUUAUGUCCGUUCUGGCCAAACAAGCUGCAGCUCUUACCAGAGACCCAACAGACACUCCAACCGUGUGCUUGGAGUCUGAAUCAGGAAACAUUCUGGUGAGGAGUCACGGGACCAUCACAGUAGCAGUUCACAAGAUAGCAUCUUGAAGACACCAAGGCUCACUGAGGAGUUUUAUUGUAAAAAAAAAAAAAAAGUACAUGUAAACAAACACAAGUAUAAUCACACAAUCUGAAUGAACUUUGAGAGAGAGGAAUGUGGGGUUUCCUCACUGGUCUGCUGUAUUGUCUGUAUUAUCAGAUCCCAUAUUUAAACCAGAGAGCGCUUUCUAACUUUCUAAUGCUGAAACACUGGAGCGUGAAUCCUUUCUUUUAUAUAUAUAUAUAUAUAUUAAAAAAUGAGUAUACACCAAUUCGUUAGUAAUGCUGUUUUAUUGAUUCUGUGUCUCAUAUGAUGUUAUAUCCAGCCAUGUUAAUGCUGUGUGUCUUCGUCUUUUUGUUAACACCCAAAUCCUUCAAUCCAAGUCAGUCAUGCACAGAAUAACAACCCUUAAUAAACUUUAACUUGACUUUGUG